UUCAUGCUAGUUUUCAUCUGUAAUGUCAUGAUUUAUUUAUGGAAUAGAUUAAAUCAUUAUAUGUCUAUAAUCUCAACAAUGUUAUUUCUGUUAUGUACAUUCAUUUAAGAUUUAACAGAAAUUUCUCCAGAAGUAAGGAGAUUCAGUUUUCCUGAUUAAGGUUUUUAUGUUUUCCAACAUGAAGGUUGAUGGCACAAUCCAGAACAUUUCGGACAUAGUCCCAGUACCAUCUGAGUUAGCUACUCGAGCAAGGAAAAUCAUGGACAUGUUUAAUGAAAUCAAAGAUUACGCUAGUAAAUUCAGUUUGUCUGAGAAUGAUGGAGUGCGGCGAUCUAUUCCUGAUAUGCACCAAGUGCGGCAGACUAGCUCUAUGGUAUUUGAGCAGAGCAUUAUUGGCAGAGGAAGUAUCAAGGACACUGUAAUUGAAAAGAUGCUGUCCCAAAACAAAAGCAGUACACCUGAAAGCCAUGUUUCAGUCCUGGGCAUAGUUGGUAUGCCAGGAGUAGGCAAGACAACUCUAGCGCAGCUUGUGUACAACAACACAGAAGUAUGCAAAUCUUUUGAUGUCCGUGUUUGGGUCUGUGUAUCAGAGAACUUCGAUGUAAAAGAAAUUCAGGAUAAGAGGUUUUUGCUAGUAUUGGAUGACGUAUGGAAUGAACGAAGAGACUACUGGGAAAUGUUCCGUUUGCCAAUGUUGACAACAAAGCUUUGCAAAAUUAUAGUAACUACUCGAAGUCAGAAUGUUGCUAGAUUGGUUCAAACAAUGGAUUCCUGUGAAUUAAGCUGCUUAGAUUCUAAUGAUAGCUGGUCAUUGUUCAAACAAACUGCCCUUUUGGAUGAAGAACAUGCAAAUAAUCCAAGUCUACAAGAAAUUGGCAAGGAUAUUGUUUCAAGGUGUAAAGGGUUGCCGUUGGCAAUCAAGACUAUUGGAAGCAUGCUGCGCUACGAACCAGAUGAAACUAAGUGGAAGGAUAUCUUAGAGAGUGAUCUAUGGGACUUAGAGCAAUCACAGAAUGAGGUACUGCCAGCACUGGAGCUGAGCUAUAAGCAGAUGCCCAUGUACUUGAAACGAUGUUUUAUUGCCCUCUCCUUGUUUCCAAAAGAUUACAUACUUCAUGAAGAAAAUGUGGUUCUUCUGUGGGAGCCACUGGAGUUACUUCAACAUGGUGAUGGAGCAAAUAAGGCAAAACUUGCAGUUUCAUAUCUCCAUGAAUUAGCUCAGAGGUCUAUGAUUGAAAUUUAGUACUCAUAGUGCAUACAAGAUGCAUGACCUC